AUGUCAUUCCUCCUAGCUGCAUUCUUAGUAUGGCUUAAAGUAACAUAAGUGCAUCAACUAGAGUUUUAUCAUCAUCAAGAAACUAAGCACAUCAAACCAGCAUUAGAGAGUGAUAGUUUUAUGAAGACCAGCAAGUAUAAGCAGCCAUUAAUACUCUUCAACAGUUUCCUGUAAAGCGUGUUUCAUGCACUAUUGGAGAAGCAUUUCUAAAAUCCUUAGGUCGAGUUUCUACACGAAAGCUAUUAAUUUAAAGAUGGUGGAGCAGUUGCUCUUGAUUGGAUCAAUUCCUUUCCAAAUGAGAAUGAUAAAAAACCAAUUUUGAUAAUAAGUCCUGGCUUUACAGGAGAUAGGACCUCUGCAUAUAUGUAUGGUAUGUAUAAUAAGGGACUUUAAGAUGGAUACUAUCCAGUUUGCCUUAGCUUUGAAGGCUCCACAAUCAGACCUUUAACACAUCCUAGACUGUUUAAAGGUUGGAGUGGUUAAGAUAUUUAAGAACCCCUUGAAUAUUUGUUCAAGAAAUAUUGCAUAGACCAAAAUAAUCAAAGAAAGAGACAAGUAUUCUUUAUGGCAGUCUCAUUUUCAGGAACUAUUUUGACCCACUAUCUGGGAGCAGAAGGUGAUAAGCACAAGAUUAUAACUGCAGCUGCUUCAGUAUGCACUUAAUAGAGACAAUGGAUUAGUAAUAUUACUUUGGAUAAGUCAUAUUUUGGUUAAACCAAAAAGUUUUUUGGUGUGUUUCUUAGAGAUAUUUUUGCAAACAAUGUUGGUGUUUUGAGAGAUUUAUUUAAGAAAGAACAUGAUUUAGACCUUGAUGCAUAUGUGAAAGACAAAAAAGGAGUUGAUGAUUACAUACUUUUGAUUGCGAAGAUGAAUAAUUUUCAUGAUUUAGAUGAUUACUAUAAAAGGGUAUCUAUGAUACAUUCUAUUCCUAAAGUUAGAGUACCUAUUUUCUAUAUUUAUUCAAAAGAUGACCCAGUUAUUGGUCAUGAUCAUAUUGAUUUUAAAGCGUGCUAAAAUAACCCUUAUAUUCUACUAGGCAUUACAAAUAAGGGGGCGCAUGUCUGUCAUGUUGAAUCAAUUUUUAAACCCUCUAUGUGGUUUGCUAAACCUGCUAUUGAAUUCUUAAAUUCUUAUCGUGUUGACUUUUGA